UCAAUUAGCAUCACCACUCCUCUUCUCUCUCUCUCUCUCUACCACCCAUUUUAGCAUCUUACAUUCACUGCAUAACCACCCUCUCUCUCCUAGUUUUCUCAUCCCUCAAGAACUGCAUAGCCUUUCUCUCUCUAUAACUUAAAGAGUUUCUCUCACUAAAACACCGAGCCAGAGAAAGAUGGGCAGCCUCCCUGAGAACUUCGACUCCUCCGUCAUGGAUGCACCCCACCCUCUAGACCCUGAGGACUUCCGAAAGCAAGCCCAUAUUAUGGUCGAUUUCAUCGCCGACUACUACCAAGAUGUCGAGAAGCUCCCGGUUCGUAGUGAGGUCGAGCCCGGAUACCUCCGGCACCGCCUCCCCGACUCGGCCCCUUACAACCCCGAGCCCCUCGAGAACAUCCUUGAAGAUGUCAAGAGCCACAUCGUCCCCGGCAUCACCCACUGGAUGAGCCCUAACUAUUUCGCUUACUUCCCUUCAAGUGGUAGCACUGCCGGGUUCCUCGGAGAGAUGCUGAGCACCGGCUUCAACGUCGUGGGCUUCAACUGGCUCUCGUCGCCUGCCGCCACCGAGCUCGAGAGCAUCGUGAUUGACUGGAUCGGUAAAAUGUUGUGCCUUCCCAAGUCUUUCUUGUUCUCUGGAGGUGGUGGGGGUGUCCUCCAGGGGACCACCUGCGAGGCCAUCCUCUGCACCCUGGCUGCGGCCCGAGACCGAAAGCUGAAGAAGAUUGGGGGUGACAAGAUUGGCCAACUUGUUGUCUAUGCCUCAGACCAGACGCAUUGUGCCCUCCAGAAGGCAGCGCAGAUUGCCGGUAUCCGCCCCGAGAACUUCCGUGCCGUCCCAACAACAAAAUCCUGCAACUUUGGGCUAUCGCCCGCUGCACUCCGCAGGGCCAUGGAAGAAGAUGUGGCAGCGGGGCUCGUCCCCCUCUAUGCCUGUGCAACAAUAGGAACCACCUCCUCCACCGCCGUCGACCCCCUGGAGGGCCUCGGCAGGGUUACCAGGGACUUCGGUGUCUGGCUCCAUGUAGAUGCCGCUUACGCCGGCAGUGCAUGCAUAUGCCCGGAGUUCCGUCACUUCCUUGACGGGGUCGAGCUUGCUGACUCGUACAGCAUGAACGCGCACAAGUGGUUCUUUACGAACCUCGACUGCUGUUGCCUUUGGGUGAAGAACCCCGACGCCCUGGUGCAAUCGCUGUCGACGAACCCCGAGUACCUGCGGAACAAGGCCACAGAGUCGAAGAUGGUGGUGGACUACAAGGACUGGCAGAUCGCACUAUCGAGGCGGUUCCGGGCCCUGAAGCUCUGGAUGGUGCUCCGGAGCUACGGGGUGAGCAACCUCCGGAACUUCCUCCGGAGCCACGUCCGCAUGGCCAAGCAGUUCGAGGGGCUCGUGAACGCCGACCCCCGGUUCGAGAUCGUCGUGCCGAGGACGUUCGCCAUGGUGUGCUUCAGGCUCGCACCACCAACUGGGUCCCGGUGGGAGACUGACAAUGGCGAGGAGCUCAACAAGGCGCUACUCGAGGCCGUGAACUCGACUGGGCUCGCCUACAUGACGCAUGCCGUGGUCGGCGGCGUGUACAUGAUCCGGUUUGCUGCCGGCGGGACGCUCACAGAGGAGCGGCACAUAUCGGCCGCAUGGCGCCUGCUGCAGGAACAGGCUGAUGCCUUGUUAGGCACUUGCGAGACCAAGGAGGUCCAAGCGUUGUGGGAAGGGUGGUAAUACUAAAAAUCCGACCUGUACAUUCCACACCUGAUUUUUUAUCUUGUACGUUGGAGCAACCGUCUUGGUCCCCGUGAUGAACACAGAAUUCACGUCAUUCUUUUAUUAUUUACCGUCAAGUCCAACUUUUUUCAUUAUAUCAAUGUGUAAAUCGAUUGAUGUUGAAUGAAUUGAGACGUUCUCUUCACUUUC